AAGCCAACAAAAAGCGAAGCUCAAGGUUGAAUUCAUCUGCAACUAUUGUAGCGGUGCAGCACACCCUUGAGUAUAAUUCGCAGGGUAGACGGGGACAGAAGCGCACAGGACCGCUGGUGCUGGAGGCGCCGUCCGGCAAGGGGGUCCACCCAGUGCAGGAGCCACAGGUGCAUGCGCACGUCGUUCAGCGCUGCUGAGCAAUCUUCUGAAGACGGCCAGAUCGACUUGCUGUUGGCUCACAAAAAAGCCAGCUAACUUCUUAGAAAUCAAUGGAAGCACCUUGAGCAACGCCAGUAUAUUAGCUGCAGGCCCUGGAUCGUCGGUGACCCCGUCCUGCUCUGCCGCCCUCCCUGCACUGAAGAUGAACACCAAGCCUGAGACUGUGAACUAGCAGCCGAACACGGCGCUGCCAGCUGUGUGUACUUCACAAAGUCAUUGGCACAUGGAGAAGGAUUGGGAAGAAGAGCAGGAGCCUGCCGCCGACACAGGCAGGUGCAAUGGAGACAUCAGCGAAAGUCCUUCAGCCAGCGAUGUCGACAGCGGGUCUGCAGUAUAUGCACUUGUUGCUGAGUCUGAGAGGCUCUGGAGGCUAGCUCGUAGGCCCCCGACAAGAAGCCACUUCCAAGGAUUCCGCAACCAGUCAGAAGAGACUCAGACCGGCAGAGUUGAGGGAAAGCUUGGAUCAGAGGCUGGGCUCCAGGAGCAGCUUUCGGCAGACGGCCUGAGGACUCUUGAUUCUGGGGAGGAUGUUGCGGCGAAUGAGAAGGAGGGCCCAGGCGUUAAGAGACGGGAGUCGGUGGAGCGGAUGAAGCAAGACGGCGGAUGCCACAUACAAGUUCCUGAGACCUUCAUCGAGGACCCACAGCUGUUUGACCGAGUGAUCUCAAAGUUGAGCACGCUCAGUUUCAGGAACGGUUGCGACCAGCUGCCGUUACGGACUCCAUUGGAAGAGCGGAUGGCUCUGUCAGACGCCAAGGACGCGUGGAACGGGGUGUUGCAGAAUGUUGGGCACAUGGUCGCUCUGGGCUGCCCCUCCGCCUUCAAGGCCCUCUUCCAAGAGUUAACGGACACUUGGCCGGCGCUCGGCGUCUCCACGAGCUGGACGGCCGUAAUGCCGGAGGCAGCCAUCGACAUGUACCAACAAGGGGACUUCAUGUUCGAGUACGAAUACAGUAAGGACGGGGUCGAGUUCGUUGCUGACACAGUCUACGAUGUGGUCAAGCGGUGCUGUGAGUUGUGUGAACUCAUGCCGUGUCACGAGGGCCUGCGGCUCAUCAAACUUGGACAGCUCAGGCAAGACGACUAUCUUCUCCGCCAAUUCGGCCCCGAGUUGGCAGUUCUGAUUACGGACAUUCAGCCCCGGAUCACCAGAGACAUGUGCGGAGCGCACAACUUCGACAGCAGCGAGGCGUUACGAGACAACAUCGCGAAGCUGCGCCAGUGCAUCGCCCAGGGCCGCCUUCAUGAGCUGGUGCAGGAGCUGAGAGGAGAACGGUUAGCGGACGACAGCUUUGAGUUACGACACUGGGAUUGACAGACCGACAAAGCCACGGAUAUUGGUGCGAUACCGACAGGAAAGGUAGUAAUUCUGACCGCAUGUGAGAUCCGCAAUUGGACGAUUUAGGGGGAUUAGGAUGAGCAAACAUGAUCACGAACAUAGAGUUGCAAGCGGUUUCCUUUGAGUUUUGGUGUAGUGACCAUCUAAGCAAACGUGAUAGGAAAGAAGGACGCCGCUCAUAGCCUUCGAGGAACCGGGAAGAGCAGAGACCGGGAGAGAUCAAAGAGAUGGCUCAGAUUCAUUGACUUUCGUGAUUGUAUGUUCAACGCAAGGCCGUCAUGGAAGUGGAUCAAUAGCCGUGUUAAAUGCCAAGAAGCAUCUGACAAUCAACAAUCAUUGGAGCUGACGAGCUAGGGAGAUAGGAUCUAUUUCUGGAGCUAGCAUUAUGACUUUCUGAUCGAUCUUUUCGGAAUUUCUGAACGCUUCUUAAGAUGUAUAGCUCAAUAUGAAGUGAUUGCCGCC